GUGCUGGGCUUUCCCCUCCCCGUGGUGCAGGCGGGUUUCGACGUCCCGAGGUGGAUCGUCUCCGACCCCGCGAGCGACCGCUUCGGGGAGGAAGGGGGCCUGGAGCUGAUCACCUCGGCCGAGCGCUUCAUCGGCCGGGACGCCGUGGUGCUCGUGAUGCUGUCCGACGCCGAGGGCGGGGUCGCCGCCGAGAACGUCCAGCUCAGCGACGAGGCAGACUGGAAGGCGGAGAAGAGGGCCGGUCCUGGCAGGGACCGCCGCGGGCUGCCACAGACGGGCGUGUCCGCUCGGACCGUCUCUCUAGCGCAGCUGGUGGCUCUGCUGAAGAGCGUGGACGUGGAGGACUGGCCCUUCGAGCUGCCCAAGGCCCUGGUCGGGUUUUUAGCCGCGGUGGUCUCGUCUGGGCACUCGCUCGCGUCCUACUGGGGCUUCUGGGUGGCCCAGUCGGGGGUCUCGCGCGCCAGCGCCGUCGCCCAGGAGCUGAAGAACAUCGAGGAGGUCUUGCACCAUGCGCUGGUCUUCGACGCGCUGGAGGUCUCGACCCUCGCCUCGUUCGAGCUCCUGAGUCGCCGGUGCCUUCAGAUCCAGGGGGCGGUCAAGCGCUGCCCGCGCCACCCGUCCUUCGAGGGCCUGGAGUUGAUAGUGUCGAGCCGCCUCGACCACUCGGACGGCGCCGUCACGACCAAGUUCGACGCGAGGGUCGCCGACCAGCAGAAGGCGAGCAGCGCCAUCCUCGAGCAGGAGAGGGUGUACAGGGAGGAGGCCGACCACGAGGACAAAAAGUACCGCCACGAGGAGAGGGGCGAGGCGCAGCGUGCUGCCGCUGCUGAUCGUCUCUCGGCCCGUGCCAUCGAGGCGAUCACGGCCCUCAAUGGGAUGGCUGCCGCCUGUGCUGGGAGGGAGGUCGUGCUUCGGCCCCCUCAGGGGACUGGGGGCGCCGACAUCGCCCAAGAGUCGGCGCUCAGGCGCGUCCGCCGUCGGAUCGCGGCCUUUGGUGAUCGGCCCGCCGACUUGGAUGGUGCUGGAGCCCUUCAGGAGCUCCUCAGGACCAGGGACGUCUACGGCGGCCUCGACGCUUCCACGACUGCGGUUGAUUUUGACUCGAGCCGCCUCAACAUCUUGCGCAAGGAGCAUUUUUCAACGCCACUCGACGAUGUGGCCCCUCAGUGCGUCAGGGAUGUGCUGGACAAUUUUGACACGACUGUCGUCCGCCCGCUCUCUGAGUUGCCAGAGGACGAGCCGCUGGUGCAGCCGUGCUGGGACCCGCAGCUCGACCCGCGCCGGCGCGGCGCGCGCCCGGCGCUCGUGGCCUUUCUUCGCGCGCUGGCUCUCCGGGGGCUCGUCGGAGCUCGGGCCCGUCGGAAGGCGUGCAUCUCCGCGUUCUUCGUGCGAAAGAAGAACGGUGAUCAGAGGAUGGUGCUGGAUGCCCGGCAGGCCAACGAGUUGCAGCGCCUCCCGCCCAAGACCGCGCUGGCCUCGGGGGAGGCGCUCGCGGCGAUCAACCUCGUGGACGCCACCGACCUCGGCCCCGACGACCUGGACAUCGUGACGACCGGGGGCGACCUGGUGGCCGGCUCGGUGGACCUGCAGGACGGCUUCUACCAGUUCCGCCACCCGGCCUGGGGCUCCUGGAUGUGCUUCGACAUCGAGAUGGACGCCGGCGAGCUGUGGGUGACCCAGCUCUACGACGAGGAGCUCGGCCGCUACAUCGACAUCGGCCCAGACUCCCGAGUCUGGCCCCGUUUUGAGGCCCUUCCCAUGGGAUGGUCACGGGCCUUGUGGAUUUGCCAAGAGGUCCUGGUCGACACCAUGGGUGCCGUCUUCGGGGACAAGGACUCCUGGUGCCUGGACAAGGGCAAGCCGCCCUCCUUGCUGAACGGGGGGGUUGCCCAUGCGCCCUACGUCGAUAACGCGAACCUCAUCUCCUUGGACGCCGGCAAGCUCGACCAGCGCCUCGGCGCCGUGACGGGUGAGCUGGACAAUAGGGGGCUCCGCUGGCACGAGUUGCAGCACGCCGCCUCGUCGCAGGGCAUCCUCGGUCUCGAGUUCGAUGGCCGGCGCGGCCGCCUUCGCCACACAUCGCGGCGAGCCUGGCGCCUGCACCUUGGCCUACACGAGGUUCUACGCAGGCCAAGGCUUGAUCGCUGGCAGAUCAGGAGGUUGCUGGGGCACAUCGUGCGCUACUUCAGCAUCAUGCGGCCCGCCCUCAGCGUGCUGGGCGAGUGCUAUGCCUACCUUGAGUCGGGCCCUAUGGAGGGCGUCUCCCGCUUGCCGUCCAGCGUGCUGACG